AUGGCUUCGAAAAGUAAGGAAAAAUUGAGCGAAGCCGACGAGUCGUAUAAGGAGGAACUUGAUUCUUUGGUAGCGGAACUGUUGAACCUGGAUCUGACGAGCAGUCAGUCGGAGACGAUACUGCUGAAGCUGGUGGACCACGCGACGAACGACUUCGGAAACAUUUCGACGAUCCCGAAGGCGCUGCAGUUCCUGAUUUCACACAAGGUGGCACUGGACGAGUACUAUAAGCGCUACACGAUGACGAACGGAGAGGAUAACUACGCGCUGGUGCUGCUGCUGGAGCUAGUGAGUUUCCUGGAGGCAAUAAACAUGUCGGAGCCAGCACCGAAGGGAGAAAAGAAGGAGGAGACGGAGAAGGAGGAGACACCGUCGUUUAAGUUGCUGCUGUACAAGCUGGAGGCGAACCUGGUGGCAGCAAGGCUGCUGACGCAGAUAAACGUGGGCCCGCAAAUUAACGGACACGGAAGAGAGACCGUGGAGUUUAAAGAUGACAGAUACAGCUAUAAAAUUAGCGAAAAGACGAAGGAGCUGCUGAGAAAGAGAAAGGUAAACGACUGGGGGAACGAGUACCUGACGUCACUGUCCUCGCAGAUAGUGGCGUACUUCGCAAUGGCGUCGACGAGGCAGGCAUACGUUAAUUACCUGCUGGGGAAAAAGUUCCACCUUAAUAAAUACGGAACACACAAGGAGUUGCACAAAAACGGAAACGUGGAAAAGGAAGGAAAGCCGAAAAACACAAGGCAGACAGUGGUCCUGGAAAACAACGUUAACCUGGUUAUCGAGGAGACGCUGAAGCUGAUAGAGGAAAUGACGACGUACUGGGUAGCAAACGGGUUCGAGUUCGACGCAAUCGACCUGCUGCUGGAAGUGGACAGAAUCGAGUCGAUAAGAGAAAAGGUGUCUGACGACCACGACCUCGUGACGAGAGUGACCAACUACCUGGCCUCAAUCUCGUUCUACGGAGCAACGUACAACGAGUCGGCGAGAAUACUGCACGUGACCUACGAACUGCUCCUGAGAAACAAGAGGUACGUGGAGGCAGUGAGAAUAGCACUGAAGCUUAACGACCACGUGAGAGUGAUGGAGGUGCUGAACAGCUGCGAGGACAAAAAUGUGCUGAAGCAAGUCUCGCUCUUCCUGAACACGAGUAACCUGUACAUCAACACGCUGGCGACGAGUGAGCUUGCAGCGUCAGCAGCAGCAAUCAGCAAAAACGACGCGGAGCUGGACGAAACGCUGGUGUACCUGAACAGAGGAGAAAACAGAAGCAGCCUCUUCAUGUCGAUGUGCAAGGAGCUGGACAUACUGGAGCCGAAGCACCCGAGCGAAGUGUUCAAGGGGUACCCCUCGAAGAGUAACCUCUCGCUAAACCAGACGCUCUCAGGAGUAUCGAUAGACUCAGCAAGAGAUAACCUGUCGUACACGUUCGUGAGCGCGUUCAUCAACUGCGGAAGCUCAAUGGAAAAGCUGAUUAACCCGCAAUAUAGGCCUUCAGCAGCGACGUCGACGACGAACGCAGCAGCAGAGCUGUUUAAGCCGAAGGACGGAGAGUGGGUGUUUAAGCACCAGGGCUACGGGCUUAUGUGCGCAAGCGCAAGUCUGGGGCUGGUGCACCUGUGGAACCUGGACGAGGGGCUCUCGGCAAUCGACAAGUACCAGUACAGCUCAGACCAGUACGUGCGCUCAGGAUCAUACGCAGCCUUCGGGCUGGUGAGCUGCGGAGUCAUGUCGGAAAUGGACCCAAUACACGGACUGCUGACGGAUAAGCUGGACUCGACGAACUACCUGGAGCGCCUGGGAGCGAUCCUGGGACUGGGCUUCGCGUACGGAGCGACAAACAGAAUGGACCUGCUGGAGCUGCUGAUACCACUGGUGAUAGACCUGAGCAGCGUAGAGUGCUCGCUCUUCAGCAGCCUCGCACUCUCAAUCAUGUUCGUGGGCACGGGGAACCAGGAGUCGUCGGAGGCGAUCCUGCAGGUGCUGAUGGAGUACCUGACGAGCUACGAGUCAUACAACCCGACGCCAGGAGUCAACUACAAGCACGUGAGAAUGUACCUGCUGAGCCUGGGACUGCUCCAGCUCUGCAGAGGAGAGCUCUGCGAGCCGCUGCUGGAGGCGCUGAAGGUGCUGGGCCCCCUCGAGAAGGUGGCAGUGACGGUGGUGGAGUCGUUCGCCUACGCGACCUCGGGCGACGUGCUGAAGAUACAGAGCCUGCUCAAAAACCUCAUCUCCUCGAAGACGGCGCAGGAAGAGGCGCCGGCGGCGACGGACAAGGACAGCAUGGACAUGGACCUGGACGUGGCGCCCACGACGUCGUCGGGGAGCAUCAACGGCGCAUCUGGCGGCGGUACCACCGGUAGUGAUAGUGCGUCCGCAAGUGCCACCAGUAACGCUAACACUAGUUCGGGUAACACUAAUUCAGGUAACACUAGUUCGGGCAACGCCAAUACCAGUACCAGUAACAACGCUAACACGAGUUCUGGUAACGCCGCGCAAAGCGACGUGAAGGACGACGACCAGGAAAGGAACCUGGAGGAGCUGUACGGAGUGUCGGUGCUCUGCAUCGCGCUGCUGAGCCUGGGCGAAAACAUAGGCUCGGGCAUGCUCGUGAGGCUGCUCGAGCACCCGCUGCAGUGCGGAACAGUCCAGGAAAGGAGAGCAGUGCCGCUGGCAGUGGCGCUCGUCAACAUGUCGAACCCGGCGCCGCAGAUCGUAUCGCUGCUCUCGAAGCUGACGCACGACUCGGACCGCGAAGUCUCGCUGAACGCGAUCCUGGCGCUGGGCCUCGUGGGCGCAGGCACGAACAACUCGCGCGUCUCGCAGCUCUUCCAGACGAUCGCGAAGCACUCCUACCGCGACGCGACGCUCAUGUACGUGCUCAGGGUGAGCGUGGGCCUGCUCUUCAUGGGCAAGGGCACGCUCACGCUGAGUCCGCUGCACUCCGAGGGCUUCCUGCUCAACAAGGUGGCGCUCGCGGGCCUCGCGGUCGUGCUCUUCUCGGCGCUGGACCUGCGCAGCCUCGUCUGCGAGGACUUCCCCUUCCUGAUGCUCUUCCUCGGCAUGGCAAUCAGGCCGCGCUGGCUCGUGACGCUGAACACGGAGCUGCAGGUGGUCAACGUGCCCGUGCGCGUGGGCGCCUCGGUCGACACGAUCGGCACCGCGGGGAAGCAGCGCAGGAUCUCGGGCUUUCAGACCCACAAGUCGCCAGUGCUCAUCGGCGUCGGCGAGCGCGCGGAGCUCGCGACCGAGGACAUGGAGUCGCUCUCGCCCUACCUCGAGGGCAUAGUGCUGGUGUCAAACGUAUCAUCGUAG